CGUAUAUAACCUUGACUUUGACAGAUAAGGCUUCGAUUUCGUUCUCUACUGAAUGAAAAAAUUACCGUAUUAUCUUUAGUUCUGAUCGUCUCUAGAAUACUACACAUCAAAUGACCAGAAUGUAGAUGCCUCGUAGAGAAAGUCUUCUGCUUUGUCUUGACACUUAUUCGAAUUCUAUCUGAAAAGGAAGUGACGUUCGUGUGAAAGGUGCGCCCUCGUUUUACCCAAACACUACCAGUGGAGAAGGUGUUUUUGCAGGCUUGUUUUUUGGUGUUUAGAGGAAGUGAAUCCCCCCGAAAACCCCAUAGUUUCUCUCUUUAGUUCGACGAAAGUGUCAUGGAUGACUUAGGUUGGACAAAUGUUCUUGGUGAUUGAGGGAAUUGCCUACCAAAGGUAUGGACUCGCGUCGUCCGAGACGAGCCGAAAAUGGCCACGCGAAUGGCGAUGGAUGGCAGAGUAAAGAAACACUGGACUACAACGAGACUCUGAUCAACGAAUUACUACAAGGACGGGAAGAUCCUUCGCUACGAGGUCUUGAUAUGGGGAUGAUCAAGAGGAAAAGCUACGAUCGAACGCGAGCGGCGAUGAUGGCUGUCAAUCCAAGCAUUGCAAGUCAAGUUUUGCCUCAGACUGAUAAUAAAUCUGAGCAAGAAAAAGCUGCCAUACGUAUCCAGUCACACAUGAGGGGGUACAUAGCAAGGCGUCAAUAUUGUGAUCUUCUUUAUGAACAGUAUGAAAAGGAAGAGCAGGAAAGACUGGAGAAAACAAGACAACAAGUAGAAGAAGGGGAGCUGCUUGUAGAAAACUACAAGCUGAAAGCAGAAAUGGAUGAGAAUGACUGCCUACGAAGGAAUCAGAGAAGAAACGUUGACUACAGUGCAGUAACGAUACAAAGAGCAUGGAGAGAUUACAGAAGAAGAAAAUCUGGUCACAGUACCAAGCCAGUACCAACACCAAACCCUUUAUCACAAGUACUUGUCAAUAUGCCAGAUAGUAAUUUUAUGAUCAGAACAAAUCCAUUUCAACAAAUUCGUUCCCACGCUGUUGAAGAUGAUGACGAAGAUGACCAAAUUGAUAUUUUUAAUGACAGUCUGGAACAAGCAACUGAUGAGUAUCAUCGGAAUAUUUCAACCUCUUCGAAUUAUGAUCUUCUGGGAAGUGAACAGUUUGAUUUAGAUUCAGCUGGACUUGAUUCAGUUCAGAUGGAAUUCCCAUCUCCUACAACCGACUGGGAAUCAAUAGAAUCUUGUUUGAAUUCAGAGGGAGACAUAAAAGAUACUCAGCAAAUGGAAUACCCAGAAUUGGCUGACAAAUAUUUGACUGACUUUUCCAUAAAAGCCAAGGAUCUCCAGAUUUGUUUUGUGGAUGAUGCACUUAGUGAUGAUGGUGAUGAAGAUGGUUUAGAAAUUAAGGAAUAUGUGAUUGACAAGCAGGAUGUUUCAGAUGAUGAGAAAAGAGACUCUGGUUGUGUUGCAGGUGAUGAAGAAGAAAAGGAGUCUUUCAGUAUUAAAACUCUAAGUCCAGAUGACUUGGUAAGAAGUUCAGUCUCGGAAAAGGAAUCUCAGCAUGUUAUGUUGGAGCUUUUGCGUCAUGAGGAUGAUCAGGAAAAGAAACUUACUGUGCAAGGCUGGACAGUCGAAAAAUUAUGUAAUUUAACAUUGGAUGAGAUAAAAGCUUUAAGGGAUAACUUAGCUCAGUUAAUUCAAGCUCAAAAUGAGAUGCUAGUCACAGAACUAAUGAUGAGAGAUUCACUACAUUUGAAGCAAGAUUCAAUGUUAAUGGAAGUAGAGGAUACAACGAAGUCAGCUCAAAGAUUGUAUCAAGAAAAACACAGUGCCAAAAAAUUUGUUCGAAGAUAGCUAUGCCUGCUUAGCCAAUAACCAAGGAAACUGGAACCAAUUUCUGGUUGGUUUACAGGGGUGUAUCUAGGGGGAAGUCCUAGGGUACUUGUGACCCACUAUUCAUUGGCAGUUUAAUAAUUGGUUAUUGAUACUUGUAUAUAGGGGAGGGAUGGAUGAGAUAUGGGGAGAUAUGUCUCAAUGGGAAAUCUUUGAUAUGUCUGUUUGUACACGGUUUUUAUCGCGUUCCAGUUAGCCAGUCAGAAAACUUUUGCCAGGUUUUGUCCUUCCUAUUGUGAAGGGGACAAAGAUAAUUAUGAUAAUGUAAAUAAUUUCAGGGCAUCGGUGGAAGGGAUAUUUCGUUGAGUUCCCCAUCCCCUACCUGAAAGGCACGGGAAAUCCUUGAUACGUCUCUUAUGAUCAGCCAGUCUUACGACCACCAAAAGGAUUACACACCCACGAAGUAAGAAUAAUCAUAAUAGUAAUGUACGUAAUGUUAGAAAAUUUGUAAAGAAACCAAUGAAAAGAUAAUGAAGCUUUGAAGAAAAAAUAUUUUAGUUUUAUGGCGAGGGAGUUAGUAAAGCCGCAAGGAUGACCGUUGUGCUCGUGAAAAUACAUUGGUUUUAUUUACAUAUCGCCAUAGCAACAAUAACAUCACAUAAAAAUCAAUAAUAUAAAAAGUAUAAUACUUUUGCAAGGGAUAACAUUUUACAUGGCAUAAAAGGUCUAAUAUUGUGUGGACACUCCAACUUGGACCACUCUUGGAUGACCAAUCCCAAUGCAUGGAGAAAAACCAGCAAAGCAAAUACCAUUUUGAUUUCAGCCAAUCACAUUUCUUUAAAUCUCACUUGUUGUGUGUCAGUCGUUGGUUACUCUCGUUAUAACGGUGAGGACACUGGGGCCGAGUUUUUUUGUCAUUUUUUUAACGCAUACUGUAAAUCUUCCCUUGAGCCAAUCGAUUGGAAAUAAGAUUUAUUUUGAAAACUUAGGAUAUAUGGAAUCAAUGCUUCAUUUCAGAGGGUUUGAAAGUUUAGAAAGUUUAGGAAAUAAUAACCUGAAAAAACCUCGGAAGUGUCCACGAUUUGAGUGUCUUCACUGUAUCUGUGCCUUGUCUUUAAUCAGCUCGAUAAAAUAUAAGGAUCUUUAUGAAUGAAUGUUUGAAAUAAUGCUUUGUUCUCAUUUUAUAUUAUGAUUAACUUUAGAAGGAGUGCUAUAGCGCUAGGAUUAUCCGUGCAGUAACCAUAACGGUUUUGAAACGACUCCAGAUGGGCUGAGUGAUUGCGAUAAUGUACAUAAUAGAGCUCUGUAAUCUGAUGUAAUUGCAAAAAAUAUUUGUGAAUAAUUCUUUACUUUGAGAACGCAAAAAUUAAGAUAGCUAUUAAGACUCUAUUUUAAAAUGACGAUUGAUACAUGAUUUUUGUUUCGUGUUUGAGAAUCAAUGCUGAUCAAUUAUGACUACUGUCAAGAGCUUAGAAAAGAAAGCUUAAUUAAGAGAGAGAAACUUCUUAUUGUGGCGCGCACCAUGUAAAUUCCCGAUUGAAAAGAGCGCUCGCGCGCAAGCUGAUGACGCACGGGAGUAGGUAAGGUGAAAUUUAGAAUGCAUCCGGUUACUAAGAAUAGCCCAACCGGGAAUUUACAUGGCGCGCGCAUUAUUAAGAAGUUAUUCUCUCUUGCUACUGUAUAAUUUAUUAGGGUGAUACGAUGCUUUGUAAGCCAGAAACUGUUCAUGACGUGGAGAUUAAAGUACCUCUAUUCUUUGCUAA